UUCUGCCUCGUCUCUCUGCAGUCUGCAACUCUGCAUGCUAAAAUCCAAAUCCGCCAAAAUCUUCAGAAAUCUUCAUUUAUCUGCAAGUUCCCGAUCAUUUCAUUCCCGUUUCAAGCAGCGCCGCGAGUGGUAACACCAACAAGUCGCAACAACUUACAGUAGCAGAACAGCACACAACCACUACCUGUACAGAGCAGACCAUCCACCAUCCCGUCUCCCGUCAGAGACAGAUAGAGAGUCGAGAGGGAAGAGGAAAGAGAUGAGUCAUUAAAAGCUUGUCUGCGCUGCAGCAACAAAAAAAUUCAACAGAAAAUUCUGGAAAAUUCUUCUUGAAGACGUUCGAAAUGGGCAUACUACUUUCCACUCUUUCAAGGGUCUUAGGGUACUGGUUCCCAGUGCCCCCGGCGGAGGUUGUUGAUGAUGUGGAGUUUGAGGACACAUCACUUCUACAGGUUGCCAGAGCUAAGAGAUCAAAGGUUCAAAAUCUUCGCCCUUUGCAGGAAUUGGUGUUUGAGAAAAUUGUGAAAACCUUUGUCAACAGUGGUGUGCUUUUGCCAUUUCAAGACCUGCCUCUGUCUUUAAGAUUGGAAAUCCUUGAUCGAAUGAAGGCUGAGGGCAUCAGCAGGCGGAAGCAGAUCAUCACGCCUUUAGUUAAGGACACGAUCUUCGAAAUGGUGCACAGCUUGUUGGAUGAUUCAAUCAAAACAUUUGACUUUGCCCUGUUUUCUACAUAUGACGAGCCUGACAAGAAGCGUGACCUUCAAGUGUGGCAGCUUCUUGUUGAAAAAUGUCCAAACUUGGAGAAAAUUGUAGACUCUCGAAAUUUUCCAGCCAAAACUCAAUAUGGCAACGAUCCUCAGCGCAGAUCUGUGAAGAAGGGUGAGAACAAAUUCCAGCUUCAAGACGUGCUGCCCUUCCUGCUGCAAUUGCCCAAACUCCAGCACAUUCUCCUUGGGCCGUACGCCUGUAAAGAAGUUGACAUGGCACAGAUUUCCCUGUAUUUCCCAAACUUGAUCUCCAUUUUCAUCACUUUCAACGAGAUUGUCUCUCAAUACUUGCUUGAUGAACUGUUGGCCCUACAGAAGCUGGAAGUUGUCAAAGUGAACUGGAAAUUCCACAGAGAUGAUUUGAGCGAGGAGGAACAACGAAAUGAGAUGGACAAGUUUUUUCUCUUCCGAACGGAGUGCCUCAUGAGAUUCCUCCACCUUCGGCACAGCACCUUAUAUGUUGAUGGUUAUCCCUCAGCAUACGUUGAUUACAAUAGCUACCCUUACAAAGAUCUACGGAUGACUUUGUCAUUAGAGCGCUUAGAGAUCCGAACAAAAUUUGACUUCAGUAUCACUCCGUUUGUCACACACCUGAGACUUUCUGGAGACAGCACACCUGUGCCGCCACCAGCUUCCUUUGCUUUAUUGACCAACCUGCGAGUUCUGAGUAUACAUGGAGCCAGUGGAAGCCUGAUUGCCCAAAUUCUAACCUUCUGUGGCAAGCAGUUGGAAGAACUUGAAUUAAUGGAUGAUCAAUGGGAUGAGGACGAUGUUGCUGUUGACGACGUUCUGGACAUCUGCGACACUCUUCUGUCUUGCCCUAACCUGACCAACUUUUCUUUUAUGUCUCAAAGGAGAGAUGAUCAUAAGCAAUUCAACACACAAAUGAAUGCCAGUCACAUCCAGAAAAUGCAAAAGUUCUGUUUGGAUGAUAUCAGGCUCAGCCAUGACUACGCUUCAAAGCUGAUGGCCUUAGUUUUGACUGCACCAAACCUGGAGUACCUAAGAGUAGCGCCAAGCUUCAGUUUGACACCUGAGGAGUGUGAGCACUUGCAUCAGCCCUUGAUCGAUGGGGAUAUUCUGCAACAGCUCAAGACUUUCAAGUUUGGUUCCCACCUUGAACAACCUGCCGAAUUGCUCGAAUUUAUCAUGCUGCUUCCAGUUCAUUCUCCUCAACUUGAGAAAUUGAAGUGCUUUGGAGAUCUUCCUAUGCUUCUGUUGUUCCGGGAGCAGAUCCUGAAAUCUCGACUGCAAAGAGCUUUCGACAAAUGUGGUGAUUUUCGUUUUCCGAGUGCCGGGUCAUGCUUUGGAGAUAAUUGAUUUGAUUGCCUUGUUCAGAGGACACAAAGAAUUAAAUUGCCUGAUGUUAUGUUUGAUGCAUGUAUUUGUUUGUUGAUAAAAAGUUGACUGCUUCAUGUGCUAAUGGGAGAAUUUUCUAAAACUAUGAUCACCAGAUUUCAUAUUUUGGUUUCACCCUAAAUGUUAAUCUUGAAAUUAGUCAAAUUAGUAGCUUUGCAGCAAUUAUUGUUCAUUAUUAUUUUUGCAUUUUAUAAUUAUUUAAGCCAUUCCUUCACACCUGUAUUAACUCAAAAGUAUUUUCUAAUAAUUUGAAAUUUUUCUUGUAUAGCCUUAUGCUGGAAUAAUAUAAUAUGCUGUAAUGUCGUGAACAAGAAUAAUAAAUAUUUAUUCUUCACAGUUGUUUAAUCUGCCUCCUGAUACGAGUAACAAAUGAAAAUGCAUUUUUAUAUUUAAAAAAAAGUUGUAAUAGAGGCAAUCUGUAUUUUAAAAAAAAUACAGCUGGUUACUUUUUUCUUUUUAUUUGCAGCAUCACAACACAAAUGACAAAACACACAACUUGCUUGCAAAAUGAUGAC